ACUGGGUCUCAAGCUGAAAGUGCGCAGCCUGCUGAGAUUUGUGUAGUCCUAAGAGCUCACACCAGCCAGACGGGUAGAGCCUGGUUUUCAGAAGGCCUCCUGCAUUGCUCACGCACGUGUAGCAAAGGAGACAUGACCACAUUAGCCAAUUUUACACAAACACUGGAGGAUGUCUUCAGAAAGGUUUUCAUUACUUAUAUGGACAACUGGAGGAAGAACACAACAGCCGAAGAACAGGCGCUUCAGGCCAGAGUCGAUGCUGAGAACUUCUACUACGUCAUCCUGUACCUCAUGGUGAUGAUUGGCAUGUUCUCCUUCAUUGUGGUGGCCAUCCUGGUAAGCACGGUGAAGUCGAAGCGGCGGGAGCAUUCCCAGGACCCCUACCACCAGUACAUCGUGGAGGACUGGCAAGAGAAGUACAAAAGUCAGAUCUUGCAUCUGGAAGAACCCAAGGCCACCAUUCAUGAGAACAAGGGGGCAACAGGGUUCUCAGGGUCGCCCUGACAAAUAGCGAGGGUGCAUCUGGUUAUGAAGGGGUGCUUCUUCCACUUAGCAAGUCCGACCUGUCCUUGCUCAGAAGAAAGCUAGCUCCUUUCUGUGUGAACACUUUCGCACUGAUGGCCUGGCUGGCCAGUUGGCACGGGUGACAUUUCUAUCUCAGUGGUUUACAUGAGCCCAUUGGGGUGAUACUCUGUGUUGAAGAUCUAUUUUAGUUGCUACGCAAUAUAAAUGUCAUGUAAAUCAAUUUCAGUCUCGAGACUAGAGCCAAACAUGAAGCAGAGGACCUGAGCAGGGGCAAUGGGAAUAGAAAGCAGAGAUUUACAAAUCCUUCAACCUUCUUUCUCGUAUGAAAUAUUAGUUUGAAUGUAGCAAACUCAAUUUAUGAAUAAGUCAAAUGUGUUAUUCAGAAGCCAAGGUUUAAAUCUCUCACAGGUUUGCUGAACUCACAGGCGAGCUUACUGAUUCAUGGGCACAGAGGACCUGGGUUCAAUUUCCAGCACCAACAUGGUGGCUCACAACUGUCUGUAACUCCAAUUCCCGGGGACCCAACACCCUCAC